AUGGAGGUGUGUGUCAUUGCCAAGUGCACAUAUAAGUCGGAAACCAUCAUGUUUUCAGUCUCAUCAGAGUCAUCCAUGGUUGAUAUUUUGAAGACUUUGUGUCUGAGGUUUAGGGGUUUGCAGUUGGGUUGUUUCACAUUACGGUAUUCGGUGCCCGGUUAUCCGAGUUGUUUUCUAGAAACGGAUAGCGAUUUGGACUUGAUGAGGACAUUUUUGUUGAUAUCAAAUGAGAAGACUGUUGAUAUUUUAGUGAAGGAUUUAUGCGGGAUCAGUGAAUAUAGUGGUGAUUUUUGUGUAAAUAAGGAGUUGAUAGCAUGUGAAAAGGGCGAGUCGUCGUGUUCUAGUACUGUCGAAGACAGAAACGAGUUUUUGGGCAGGUCGAAGAGAGCAAGUGCUAAGCCUUUGUUGUCAAAUGAGUGGGAGACAUACAUACAUCAUGUGGGGCAGAAGUUUGACGGUGGUGCAGAGGAGUUCCGGUUGAAAUUGUGCAAGUACGCUCUUGAAGUAGGAUUUAAUUUUUUAUAUGCCGGCAAUGACAAGAAGCGGGUGGUUGCUGUUUGUUCGAAUAAGAAAUUGGAGGGUUGCAGCUGGCGUGUUUAUGCUUCUCGUUGUGAAGCUACUGGCAGUUUUGUAAUUCGGACGUUAAAUAAUGUUCAUACAUGUGCGGGUCGGAUACGGGAAUCAAAGAGUAAGAUGAUGAGGUCUCGUGUGGUGUCCUCCCUCAUUGUGGACAGAAUUCGUGCAAAACCAGAGCUGAAGCCAAUUGAGAUUAUACACGAGUUCAAAGAUUAUUAUGGUAUAGACAUUUCAUACUACCACGCAUGGUUUGGCAAAGAGUUAGCUAAAUUGGACGUUCACGGUGAUGAGUCGAAGUCCUUCAACGAGUUAGUGUGGUAUACGGACGCGGUAAAGGAAACUAACACUGGUUCUCUCUGCACUCUUGAUUGUGAAGCUGGAAUUAAUCGCUUUCGACGGUUUUUUGUGUCUUUUGGCGGUUGCAUUGCUGGAUUUCAAUAUUGCAUACCCUUGUUGUUCAUUGAUGCUACGUUUUUGAAGAGCAAGUACAAGGGGCAGCUUCUCUGUGCUUCGGGAAAGAAUGGAAAUCAAGCUUUUGGAGUUGUUGAUUCUGAGACAGAGGAGAAUUGGACUUGGUUUCUUCAACAUUUGGCUUCUAUAUUGCUACCGAUGGGGAGAGUGGUGACCUUUUUCUCGGACCGCAAUCAAGGUUUGUUAAAUGCAAUGGGGUUUGUGUUUCCCGGAUGGCCUCAUUCUUACUGUUAUUAUCACCUCAAACAGAAUUUGAUAUCAAAGUACCCAAAGUCAGGUUAUGAGAAACUGCUCCAAGACCGUGUUAUCAAUUUAUUUAGUAGAUGCGCAUAUGCUGUUACGGAGGAAGAGUUUAAGGUAGCAAUGGAGGAGUUGGUGAUUGUUGGGAGUUCGAAAGUGAAGGCAUUUAUAUCUGAUUUGUCUAGAGAUCACUAUGCCAACGCAUUUUUUCAAAGGAAUGCGUUAUGGGGAGAUGGCAAACAGUUUAGCGGAGUCCUUUAA